AUGAAAACAGAACUGAAAUGUUCGGCAGCUUGCCCGAGAAACUUCGUUCCUCAAUGUGGUACAGACGGCAAGACGUACGCUAACUCGUGUACCCUAAAACAUGCGCAAUGUGAAAGUGACGGUGAAAUUAGAUUAGCCCAUCAUGGGGAGUGCGAACCUAAGCCGGAGCCAACGUGUGCCGUUGCGUGUCCCACAAAGCGGCUAAGUCAAGUAUGUGGAUCAGAUGCCAAUACGUAUCCUAAUUAUUGCAUAUUGAAAGAGACCGCUUGUCAGUUCGGAGAGGAUCUCAAAGUCGUUCACAGAGGACCUUGCGAACCAAAGUGUAACCCAAAGAUCCCAUUGCCAUGGAGUCCUGAAUGUGGUACGGAUGGUAUAACAUAUGGUAACAAAUAUGAGUUGAAAAACGCCUUGUGUAAGAGUGAUGGAGAAGUGAGACUGGCUCAUCACGGAGCGUGUGAGAUUAAGCCAAAGACGUGUGCUGUUCCUUGUGUCAGAAAAGCGCUUUUUCCAGUAUGUGGAUCUGACCGCAAUACGUACCCCAAUCAUUGCAUAUUGGAAGAGACCGCUUGUCAGUUUGAAGAAAACAUCACAGUUUUACACAAAGAACCUUGCGAACCGAGAUGUUCGGCAGCUUGCUAUAAAAACUUCGAUCCUCAAUGUGGCCCAGACGGCAAGACGUACGCUAAUUCAUGUACCCUUAAAUAUGCGCAGUGUGAAAGUGACGGUGAAAUUAGACUAGCCCAUCAUGGGGAGUGUGAACCUAAGUGUCCGGAGAGAUGCACAGUGGAAUACGAUCCCCAAUGUGGUACAGAUGGUAAAACAUAUGGUAACCCGUGUUUUUUGAAAGUUGCCUCGUGUGAGAGUGAUGGAGAAGUGAAACUGGCUCAUCAUGGAGAGUGUGAGCUAAAGCAGGAGGAGACUCAGGUGACGUGUGCCGUUCCUUGUCCCAGAAGGCGGCUCCGUCCAGUAUGUGGAUCAGAUGCCAAUACUUAUACUAAUGUUUGCAUAUUGAAACAGACUGCUUGUCAGUUCAGAGAGGAUCUUAAAGUUGUUCACAGAGGACCUUGCGAAACUAAGCCGGAGCCAACCUGUAUCGUCCCUUGUCCUAAAAUACAGCUUCCUGCAGUAUGUGGAUCAGAUGGCAAUACCUAUCCCAAUUAUUGUAUUUUGGAAGAGACUGCAUGUGAGUUUGGAGAGAACAUCACGAUUGUACACAAAGGACCUUGCAUACCGAAGUGUCGCGCCGGUUGUCCAAAGCUUUACGAUCCUCAAUGUGGUACAGACGGCAAGACAUAUAGCAACCCGUGUAUGUUAAGAUAUGCUCAAUGUGGAAGUGACGGGGAAAUUAGGCUGGCCUAUCAUGGAGAGUGUAAAGUGCCUUUGAAGGAAUAA